AUGGGUCACUGGAGGAGUAUCUUCACUACCGACAGAGAGCGGGCCCGACACCGCCUGCAUAUGGAGCAACACCGGUUGCUCCCUGCGUUUACAGAUGAUCAAGCCCCUUCAACUCUACCUUCCAAAGAGGUGACAAAAGUCGCUCUGCGUCUCAAGUAUCAGAUCGAACAGGUCGUCCCUUGUGAGCUCGAUGAGAGUGACAUCAUUAAUCCCAACAGUCGGGUCAUCACAAAGAAUGUGGUUCAGACAGCCCGGCUAGCAGGGGGUGAUGACCUGCAGGUUUGCGUCCCGUUCUGCUUGCUCAUCUGUCUGCGGUGGUUCAAACUUCAGGCCAAAGAAGAACUCUGGGAUUCUGAUUUACAUGAACGCCGAGCCAUCGCUUGUGAGGUCAUAGCGAAGCGGAUAAUCGAAACCGAGGAAGAUCAGGAUACACUACUCCUCAAUAUUCUUCUCAAGCGGUACUCGAUCUUUAUUGACGGCGAGGAGACCGUGCCAGCCAAUGUCAUUGAGCGUGCUGUUGAUCUUCAUGCUUUGAGGGUCAUUGGCUCUGCUGGAUAUCAAAAAUGCAUCAGAUACCUCUGGAAUGGAUGGCUCUGCCAACAAGAGGGCAACCCAACAAACUUCGUUCCCUAUUUGGAAAGGGACAACACUAGCUUCGCUGUUCACUUCCAUCCAGAUCGGAUGAGAGCACCUCUUUAUCAGAACAUCUGCCAGAUAUUCUUUUCCCUCAUAUAUCUUGGCCUCUAUACUCAGGUCAUCAACACAGUUAAUCCCACGGGCGAUAUAGAUGUCGUCGAGGGGAUUCUUUAUGUUAUGACACUUGCGUUCAUCUGCGAUGAGGUGACCAAACUCUGGAAGGUCGGGUGGCACUACUUGGACUUCUGGAAUGCCUUCAACUCUACACUCUAUGCGAUACUUGCCGUGUCUUUCUUCCUGCGCGUCGCUGCCUUGGCUCAUUCUUCAUCCGUCCACGAUGCACAAAGGCAAAGUCUGAACGAAUUGAGUUACAACUUUCUAGCCUUUGCGGGACCAAUGUUCUGGAUGCGUAUGAUGCUCUACCUCGACUCUUUCCGCUUCUUCGGUGCCAUGUUCGUGGUGUUGAGGGUCAUGAUGAAGGAGAGUAUAAUCUUCUUCGCUCUGCUCUUUGUCGUUCUUGCGGGAUUUUUCCAAGCUUUCAUCGGCAUGGCUCAGGUGGAUGAGGACACGCAGAUAGUCAGAGGUAUUAUCCAAGGGAUGGCGAACAGUGUCAUGCAGAGUCCAGAAUUCAGCACGUUUGAGGACUUUGCCUUUCCCUUCGGGAUCAUCCUUUACUACCUGUUCAAUUUCGUUGUCAUGACCAUCCUUUUGAAUAUCCUCAUUGCACUAUAUAAUAGUGCCUACGAGGAUAUUUCGGGGAAUGCUGUGGACGAAUACAUGGCCAUCUUCGCACAGAAGACUAUGCAAUUUGUGCGUGCACCGGAUGAGAAUGUCUUUAUACCUCCAUUUAAUUUGCUGGAGAUUAUCUUCUUGGUGCUCCCGUUCGAAUGGUGGCUACCAAGGCAGUAUUAUGCAAAGCUGAAUGACGUCAUCAUGGGGAUCAUCUACUCGCCCAUCCUCGUCAUCACUGCGUUCUUCGAGGUGCGAGACGCUAGGCGAGUUAGGUGGAAUCGUCGUCGCGGUGAAGAGGAUGAUGAUAGUGUGCAGGAAUGGGAGCAUGCGGCUGAGGAAGUUGACUUUGACGUUGACGACGGCUGGAGACAGGCUGUGCAGGAGACCACUCCAAAUGUGCAGAUUGACGGUACCACUUUGGAGGUUUUGCGGCUCAAGGAACAGAUCAUGUCGCUCACGGAGACGGUCAGAGUGCUGGCAGAGGAAAAAGCUGGAAGAAGUAUGAUGAUGGGAGAAUCGAGCUCAACCAUAGCGGACCAGGAAUGAACAAAAUUUCAGGUGAGUAGAAAAGUUGGUAUUAAUGGCUUUCGCGGUUGUCCUUGUGCAUCUUCCUGUGUCAUGCGGUUUUGAUGUGGCUUUUGGAGGUGGUAUCUUUCCUAACUUCAGGAAGGUCUAUUUAUGCAGUACAUACGAGCAGCGAGCAAUCUCAAGUCCUAUUCAAUGAUUACUGAACUGCCGCCGCAUAGUCCCGUAUUGAAUAAACACAGUACAAGGUCAUAGUUAGGUUUGUAUGUGUGCAUAUAAUAG